GUACAACUCGACAGUCAGGAUCCAUUUUGUCCUGAGAACAGAAAACGUGACACUCCACAGAAUCGCUAAAGUGGCUAAAAGAAAAUUAUUGUAAUAUCACUUGUAGUAACAUUGCAGACAUUAAUGAGGACUUGAAGAUCAACGGCUCUACACAGUUCAUCUGCAGAUAUAAAAUCAACAUUUGAGCUGCUGUCAUGACCUCCAAAAAGAGUCUCUCUGGAGAAAGACGCACAAACACGAUGGACAGUUUGACUCAUGGAAAAUCUCCUGAACCCAGCUGUGUGUCCAUGAAGAGUGACGGAUCAAUGGGUCAUCCGAUAAGCUUUAAUUCAGGAGACUUUGGUGGUGCAGAUGUGAGUAACAGAUCAAAGUCCAUCAAAGGGAAGAACCUGGAUUCAAUUUUCCGGGAGCUUGAGGACAAAAUCAUCUCUCUGAUGAAGAAAGAGCUGAAGAUCUUCAAGAGUCUACUGAGUCCAGAUUACUCAUCAUGCUCUGGGAGAGAAGAGGAGGAUGAUGAAGAUCAGAUCAGAGUCAGAGAGAUGUUUCUGAAGAUCACACUGAACGCCCUGAAGAAGAUGAAACAGACAGACCUCGCUGACAAACUACAGACCAAAUUUGCCCCUGUAUACAUGAAGAAACACAAAUCCAGACUAAAAGAGCAAUUCCAGAGAAUGAAUGAAGGAAUGUCAGCUCAAGGAAGCUCAACACUUGUGAAUGAGAUCUACACAGAGCUGUACAUCACAGAGGGAGGGAGUGAAGACAUCAAUAAUGAACAUGAGGUGAGACAGAUUGAGACAGCAUCCAGAAGAUCAGAGACACAAGAAACACAAAUCAAAUGUAAUGACAUCUUUAAAGUCUCACCUGAACAAACCAAACCCAUCAGACGUGUGCUGACUAAAGGAGUCGCUGGAAUUGGAAAAACAGUCUCUGUGCAGAAGUUCAUUCUGGACUGGGCUGAAGAAACAACAAAUCAAGAUCUUCACUUGAUAUUUCCACUUCCUUUCAGAGAACUGAAUCUGAUCAAAGAGACAAAUAUCAGUCUGAUGGAUCUUCUUCAUCACUUCUUCACAGAUACAAAAGAACUGAGAUCAACAGACUUUGAGGAUUAUAAAGUUGUGUUUAUCUUUGAUGGUCUGGAUGAGUGUCGUCUUCCUCUAGAUUUCUCAAAGAAUCCCAGUUUGUUUGAUGUCAGAGAAUCAGCGUCAGUGGAUGUGCUGCUGACAAACCUCAUCAAGGGGAAUCUGCUUCCUUCUGCUCUGAUCUGGAUCACCUCUCGACCAGCAGCAGCCAAUCAGAUUCCUCCUGAGUGUGUUGAUCUGAUCACAGAUGUACGAGGAUUCAAUGACCCUCAGAAGGACGAGUAUUUCAGGAAGAGAAUCAAUGAUGAGAGUCUGGCCAACAGAAUCAUCACACACAUGAAAUCAUCCAGAAGUCUGUACAUCAUGUGUCACAUCCCAGUCUUCUGCUGGAUUUCAGCCACUGUUCUCCAGAGAAUGUUGAGUGAAGCAGAGAGUCCAGCACAGAUCCCCAAGACUCUCACUCAGAUGUUCACACACUUCCUGAUGUUUCACAUCAAACUGAAGAGUCAGAAGUAUGAUGGGAAAUGUGAGGUAGAUCUUCAGCAGGCUAGAAAGAGUCUGGAGUCUCUGGGAAAACUGGCUUUUCAACAGCUGGAGAAAGGGAACCUGAUCUUCUAUGAGGAGGAUCUGAGAGAGUGUGACAUUGAUGUCAGAGAAGCGUCAGUGUACUCAGGAGUUUGUACUCAGAUCUUCAGAGAGGAGUUUGGACUGAACCUGGGGAAGGUGUUCAGCUUUGUGCAUCUGAGCGUUCAGGAGUUUCUCGCCGCUUUAUUUGUGUUUCUGUCAUUUCUUCAGCAAACAUCAGAAAACUUCAGCAGAUUGAGAUCAAAUAUGAGUGAUUUACUGAAGCGUGAAGUGGACAAGGCCUUACAGAGUGAGAACGGACACCUGGAUCUUUACCUCAGAUUUCUUCUGGGUCUUUCACUGGAGUCCAGUCAGACAAUCUUACGAGAUCUGAUGACCCAGACAGGAAGAAGCUCUGACAGUAAACAGGAAACAGUCGAGUACAUUAAGAUGAAGAUCAGAGAGAAUCUCUCUCCAGAGAAAUCCAUCAAUCUGUUUCACUGUCUGAAUGAACUCAAUGAUCAUUCUCUAGUGCAGGAAGUACAAACAUAUGUGAACAGAGGAGAUGAGUCUCGUCUCUCUGGAGUCCGUCUCUCUCCUGCUCAGUGGUCGGCUCUGGUGUUUGUGUUACUGAACUCAGAAGAGAAGCUGGAUGAGUUUAAUCUGAGUAAAUAUGAUCGAUCAGAUGAAUGUCUUCUGAGGCUUCUGCCAGUGAUCAAAGCAUCCAGAACAGCUCAUCUGAGUCGCUGUAAUCUGACAGAGGAAAGUUGUUCAUCACUGGCGUCAGUUCUCAGAUCAAACUCCUCAAGUCUGACAGAACUGAACCUGAGUAACAAUAAUCUGCAGGAUUCAGGAGUGAAGCUGCUCUCUGAUGGACUGAAGAAUACAAACUGUAAACUAGAGAUAUUACAGCUGUGUAACUGCAGUAUUGGAUCUGAAGGUUGUGUUGCUCUGACUUCAGCUCUGAGAUCAAACCCCUCACAUCUGAGAGAACUGGAUCUGAACUUUAAUAAUCCAGGAGAUUCAGGAGUGAAGAUGCUCUCUGAUCUACUGAAGGAUCCACAAUGUAAACUACAGAAACUACAUAUUGGAUCUGAAGGUUGUGUUGCUCUGACUUCAGCUCUGAGAUCAAACCCCUCACAUCUGACACAUCUGGAUCUGAGAUAUAAUAAACCAGGAGAUUCAGGAGUGAAGAUGCUCUCUGAUCUACUGAAGGAUCCACAAUGUCAACUACAGACACUACUGCUGUGUGACUGCAGUAUUGGAUCUGAAGGUUGUGUUGCUCUGACUUCAGCUCUGAGAUCAAACCCCUCACAUCUGAGAGAACUCAAUCUGGACUAUAAUAAUCCAGGAGAUUCAGGAGUGAAGAUGCUCUCUGAUCUACUGAAGGAUCCACAAUGUAAACUACAGACACUACAGCUGUGUGACUGCAGUAUUGGAUCUGAAGGUUGUGUUGCUCUGACUUCAGCUCUGAGAUCAAACCCCUCACAUCUGAGAGAACUCAAUCUGAACUAUAAUAAUCCAGGAGAUUCAGGAGUGAAGAUGCUCUCUGAUCUACUGAAGGAUCCACAAUGUAAACUACAGACACUACAGCUGUGUGACUGCAGUAUUGGAUCUGAAGGUUGUGUUGCUCUGACUUCAGCUCUGAGAUCAAACCCCUCACAUCUGAGAGAACUCAAUCUGGACUAUAAUAAUCCAGGAGAUUCAGGAGUGAAGAUGCUCUCUGAUCUACUGAAGGAUCCACAAUGUAAACUACAGACACUAGAGCUGUGUAACUGCAGUAUUGGAUCUGAAGGUUGUGUUGCUCUGACUUCAGCUCUGAGAUCAAACCCCUCACAUCUGAGAGAACUCAAUCUGGACUAUAAUAAUCCAGGAGAUUCAGGAGUGAAGAUGCUCUCUGAUCUACUGAAGGAUCCACAUUGUCAACUACAGACACUACUUAUUGAGCCAAGAAGAUGAAUCAAGCGACUGUGUUUUGUCAUAAACUACAAGAGUUGUUUACUGCCUCCUACUGGACAAACAACAUCAGUGACUCAUAAGAGCUCAACAUGAGAGACGUCUGUUACAGAUCUUAACAUACAAACACAAACUGUUGAUUGUUUGUCUUUUCAUGUUUUUCUGGUCCAGCUCACUAUAAAGCAAGGGCUCAAAUGCAGCAGGAUUAAAUCUGAGCUUUCUGUGUCACAUCGGCACAUUUGCUGUGGGAGUGGAGGGUUUAGUGUAUGUGUGUGUUGGGAAAGAACACCAUUGACAUUUAUUGAAAUGUUUGUAUAAAUGUGAAUAACAAUGAAUUUGUACAUUAUUGUAUUUAGAUUCAAUUCUGAAUAUGUAUGUAAUGAGAUAUUAUGCUUAUUGUUGAUAAUCGCCUCCCAGCUAACAAAUUGUGUUCCUCAGACGUUCUUUAGACCAGAGUUUCUCAACUCGUCCUCGGGCCUCCCUGAACAGAAUGUUUGAGAUUUCUCCCUAAAUAACACAUUAACACGCUAGUGAGUUCAACAACAAGGGUGAGGGGAGGAAGUGAUGGAGGGUUCCUUCUGAAGUCCACUGUCUUGGAUGCAUUCAGCUCUAGGAUGUUUUGACUGCACCAGGCAGCCAGCUGAGCAACCUCCUUUCUGUACAGCGCUAGUGGAAAGAAAAUCAGACAAGCUAAAGAUAAUUGUAGGACGUGCAAGUAAAUUUCUAAGGAUAACAGGAAUAUCAGCUGAAGAAAUUCAUGGGAUUUUGAAAGAUAAAGAAGGAGGUGGGGCAUUGGAUAUGACACAGAACAUGUAAUUAUGUAAUGUCUUUCCUGUUACUACAUUGGAACGCAAGGAGCCUUAUAGCAAAUGGACAAGAAUUCAAAAGAUUUGUUAAAGAGAUAUUAUUUGUAUUCAAGAAACAUGGCUAAAUAGAUCUUUAUAUUUUAAGAUCAGUGGGUAUGUAGUAGAAAGGAAAGACAGAGAAUUGUAGAGGUGGUGGGUGUGCAACAUUUAUUAAAGAAAAUAUAGUAUAUAAAAGAAUACAUGAGUCUAAUGAUAUAUGUGACCGGAGGGCAGAUUUAAGUAGCCAACUACGCCACCUAGGGACUUUCACCCAAGGCCAUAAGCACCCAGACCACUAGGGUACACAAGUUCACAGUGACCCGGAAGUAUGGAGACACGUAUAAUCAAGAAUAUUAAUUUAUUAUUCUAAAAAUGCCUAAAAGGCACAAGAAUAAAAAAUCAACAGAGCAUCAUGGAAAGAUUAAACGCAGCACAAG